UGCAACUCUACUAUUGCGAAACUGCUGAGUAGAACACUAUAGUGUAUCAUCAUAUUAAACGGAUUCCUACGACAUAGAUGGCGAUACGUACCUUACACUCGAUUAUACACGUAUUUUAUCGCAACAGUGAAUAAAUAAAGAUUAUCUAGAGAGAGCGAGAGGCCGUGGAGUUGUUGUAGUCGGGAACCGUUUGAGAGUGACACCGCCGCCCGGCUUGAGCUCAAGCGGCCGACAGCGUCCAGCACAGGAACUCAACUGGGAGACCAAAACCGACAACCCGUUUCAUGGUUUCUGUCAUUAUUUCCACCGUGUUGACUGGCACUUCAGCAGGAUGAGAGAAAAAUAGGAUAUCUGGUCUGUGAAAAGAGGGCCUCUUUUGUUCCACAAACCACUAUGGAGAAGCCAUGGAGGCUGUGGGGGGUGAUCGAGAGGUGGCUGCUGGCCAUAGGCUCCUGGUCUUGGAGUGUGUGCCGCAUCUCCCUCCUGGCGCUCAUCCUCACCUUCCAUUUGUAUGGGGGCUUCCUGCUGCUGGGUCUCAUCCUGGUUUCUAUAGCUGGGAUCCUGUACAAGUUCCAGGAUGUGCUUCUUUACUUCCCUGAUCAGCCCUCCUCGUCACGUCUCUAUGUCCCCGUACCUACAGGGGUCCCUCACGAGAACAUUUUCAUCAGGACCAGAGAUGGUGUGCGCCUCAACCUCAUCCUGUUGCGCUACACAAGCGAAAACCCUGGUCCUGCACCCACCAUCAUCUACUUUCACGGCAAUGCAGGUAACAUUGGGCACCGCAUCCCCAAUGCGCUUCUUAUGCUGGUUCACCUGAAGGUGAACGUGGUGCUGGUAGACUACCGGGGCUAUGGGAAGAGCGAGGGUGAACCCAGUGAAGAGGGUCUUUACCUGGAUGCUGAGGCUGCCUUAGACCAUGUGAUGACCCGACCUGACGUGGACAAGACCAAGGUCAUUCUUUUUGGGCGAUCACUAGGGGGUGCAGUAGCAGUGCAUCUGGCCUCAGGAAACCCCCACCGUGUGGCAGCCAUUAUUGUGGAGAACACAUUCUUGAGCAUCCCCCAUAUGGCAAGCACCCUAUUCUCCUUCUUGCCCAUGAGGUACCUACCACUCUGCUGCUACAAGAACAAGUUCCUGUCUUACAGGCAGAUUGUGCAGUGCCGCAUGCCUUCGCUGUUCGUGUCGGGCCUGUCCGACCAGCUCAUCCCCCCUGUCAUGAUGAAGCAGCUGUAUGAGCUUUCACCCGCACGGACUAAACGCCUGGCCGUCUUUCCUGACGGCACGCACAACGACACAUGGCAGUGCCAGGGCUACUUUACUGCCCUCGAGCAGUUCAUCAAGGAGCUCCUGAAGAGCCACGCUCAGGAGGAAACCGUCCAGUCCACAGCCAGUGUGACCAUAAUUUAAAGCCCUUGUCCCUUGCCUUUCACUUUGGGCAGGGACAGAUGAUAAUAGAAUGUGCAUUUCUAACCUUUUAUUAUCUUGUUUUCCUUUGUAAAAUUCUAUUAGAAAAAAUGGUGUGGAAUGACUGGCCAAGGUAUGGAAAUAAAGUCAGAAUGCCUUUGAGUCACUGUUAUGAAUGCAUGCUAAACUUCUAUAAAGGCUAAAUUUCUGUUAGACCUUAAUUCACCCAUACAAUGAAACAGACGUAGCUGCCAGAGAGGUCAUGGUCAUUGGUGUAUGAAGGUGUACGAAGCAGUGGCGGCUGCUUAAGGUAGUAAAGAAACAGGACAGUGGUCCUUAAAAUUUCAGAAACGAGUUAACAUAUAUUGGCAUGUAAAAUGUGUGAAAUAAGCUAAAAAUACACAAAAUAAUAUAUACCAAACCAAAUUGAAUACAGCAUAAGUAAAAGUUACCCCUGAAAAUCUUUAAUUACCAGAGGAUGUAAAUGUGGCAUUAAUUCAUUUGUUCGUUCAUGUCUUUACUCAUCCCUGCUGGCUUUUGUUGGUUGCAGUUAGUCACAUGGGUAGGUAAAAUGGGGGAGGGAAAUGAUAUCACCGAAAGACGGUUAUAGCCCAAGCCCUAAUCACUAGUAGUGGUAAGUGGCAUUAUUGCCACCGUUUAUUCACUGAUCAGUUGCAUAUGAAAAUGUUUCAAUUCAACUGUAAAUACAUUUUCAUCAUUAAAAGUUUUGAUAAUACAGUUCCAUAGUUUUUAUACAGUACUUGGUAUGAGUUUGCCAUUACACAUAUGGCACAUUAGCCAGAAUUUUUUUGAAUUGCUUUAAAAAAAAAAGUUGACUAUCAUUGUUUUAAGAUUCUCUUUAAGUAGCUACAGUAUUGUCUCAGGCAAAAAUGUUUACAUUUAGCGUCUCUUAAAUGCUUCAACACUCAAUUAUAUCCAGUCUCAACUUGCAGUAUGAAAGCAAGGUUCUAAUGUUGUUAGGGACAGAAAUGGAAAGACCACAGCUCUGUUUCUACAACUGUGAUGAAAUGGUGGUAAUGGUUUUUUUUUUUUUUAAAAAAAAAAAAAAUGUUGAACAAUGUGGUAAUCCAGUUUACCACAACUGUCUUAUACAAAUACAUAACUUCUUUCUGCCCAUUUUCAGACACACCAGCUGCCACUGAUAACAGCAUAUGCUUGGUGUUUAGAACUUCUCACCGAUAAUGUACAAAUUUAACAGGCAGUACUGAUUUGAGGUUUUAGUGGGGUCACAGCAGAAUUACUUAUGUAAGGCUGGUGGCUACAAAAGAAGUCCAAUGAAAUUUUUACUCCCAUUGAGUGGUUCUGAUGGUCUCUUUCAUAGUUCAGUCUUUUGGCUCUAAGAACAGGAGCAGCUUCAAGGCCAUUGACAUCCCUAAAAUGCAUCAGCUGUGGGGGAAACAAACUGUAGGGCAUUGCACCAACAUUGUGGGGUUUUUCUAAGGAAGUACAGCCAUUGUACCACAGUACAAACAUUACAGAAGGUUCAUAGACAUAAUACUGUUUGGUAACUACUUCCUGGCUGGAUUUUUACCAGUGAAUGUGUUAAGGGUGCAAUGUUUUUAAAUCACACAUCUUUGACAUGAGUUUUUGAACAUUUUAAUGAGCAAAUUAAGUAUCUGCCUGUCUUCCAGGGUUGACAACCAUUAAAAUGAAAAGUCAUUACAGAUAAAUUUUAAAGAAUUGAUUAAAAAAUGUGUAUUCCACUAUGUCAGAAAUGUGUCUAGUCUGUUGUGUGUUAAUUAAAAGGGGCUGUGUCAUAAUGGAUGUGACUGGAAAAUGAGUCGUACUAGAAGCACUUUGAACUUCCUGUUAAAUUCGGGAAAGAUGGCUUUCAGUUUGUGGGCACAGGAAGUGCUGGCUCCCUCUGCUGGCACCUGAGGAGUUUGCACACUUGCUAUUGGUCUGGGACUCAUUGUGGUGAAGCUCAGAAAUGACACAUUUUGUCAAGCAUUGUAUGUCUUGUAUGAUCCUAAUGGGUUUUAUUUCGAUACUUUAUUCGUCUGUUGGGGUAAUCUACGGGCUGUUUUGGCACUUACAUUUAUUAGAACUACAAACAAAAGGAACGUAAUUUUGAGUGAUGUGAAUAAAGAAAAUGAAUAAAUACAAUGAAGUUGCUGACUGAAGAUUUUGAAAGUCAUUAAUAGGUGUGCAAAUUUGUGCAGGUACUGUAUCCUUCAGAUGUUUUACAAAAUGGCCUUAUAUUUUUCUAAAUUUUUUUUAAAUUAUCAUUAUUUACUAUUUUAGAAUGCAUUGAAACCUUUGACAUGAGAACACAAUGUGAUGACGUCUUCAGUGUUCACACCCACACAAUGCAAUGUGCCAUGGUUUAUUGAAUGUGUACAGAAAUUCAAGGUGCAUUAUGAGUUUCACUCUCGUUUACAGUACCAAAAUGGCUGCACAUUGAAUUUGUUUUUUCUAUUUAUGGAAGGCAUGCAUUUUGGAUGGAUCAUCAUCCCUUUGUAUUCUGACCAUGAAAGCCCUUUUACUGCGCUAAUGUAAUGGAGUGUGAGGUUUUUAAUUUUUUUUUUUUUUUUAGAUACAGUCACAGUUUCUAUUUUCUGUACUGUU